AUGAACCAGCCAAUGAAGCUAUUUGGCUUCCCCACGCCGAUGGAAGCAGGCCUAGCUUGCGUCAUCUGGCUCAUCGUACUUACGGCUAUCGAAGUCGUUGUUUCCAAUCCUGAUGCCGUCCUCGUGACGAUCUAUAUUAGCGUCCUCGCCUCGUUUAGUGCCAACCGGUCCUUCGCCAAUUUGGUGACCGCCAUCUGUUGCGUGUUCGUCACCGAGUACCUCUGGGACCACAUUUGCCAAUUGACUCAAGAAUCACUCACCAAUGAUAACGCUGUUGAAGUUGACAAUCUUUCUCCUGAAAUACCUCAAACUUCGCAAUCUUCGUUUAUUAGACGAGCUUAUGGGGCGACAUUGAUAUCGUCAAUGGUGACCACGGCCUUGAUCAUCAUCUAUUUCACGGUGACCAUGCUCCUGCUUGAAUCCCGCCAAAUCGAUAAUAAUCCAUGCGUGCUCACCACCCAUGAUUUCCCUUACCAAACCAUCCAUAAUAUUGCCCAGUUAGUAUUCUUCAAUUACUUGUGCUGGGCUUUAGUAGCCUUAUUGGCAUUGGUUGCUCAGCUUAUCAAUUUCGAUUGGUCGGCUGCUUUCGUGUGGUUCUUUGACCUCGUAUACCAGGUCGAAGAGUUUCUCGCAAUCCACGUCUGGAAAUUGCUCGAGUUCAUCUGGAAACCGUUAAGGUACGUUUCCAAAGCAGUGGCGGCUGUGGUGGUGUGCAUAAUCAAACUAUUCUUAGCCCUUCUUGGUUUGGUAUGGGUGAUAGUAGUGGUGAGUGCCAUUGAAAUUGGCCACCUGCUUAUCUAUGGGUGGCGGUUAGUGGUCUCCGUGGCCCAAACGGUGUGGCUUUAUUGCCAAGCAGCAGCGGUACCCAUAGUGUUCACUGGUGUCCUCAUCUUUGCCAUAUUGUCCAUCUUGUGGAACAGCUUCAAACACACACCGACAACACUUCCCCACUCCCCCUCGCCUUCCCAUACUGUCAUUGCUUCACUUCUGGAGCGACAAUUACAUGAUGUUGCCACUGCUCUUGAAUUGAGACUCGAGAUUCAAGAAUUGAGAAUGACAAUUUCUGAUUUGGGAUCUGCGAUCAGAAAAAGAAGCAAAUCCAAGCUAACCAACAGCGACACCGCAUCACCAAGCCCACCAGCGAAACGAAACCACUUGGAACUGUCACUGGAAAACAGCCUGCCUGACGACACCGCCACUUUAGUCUGCGACGCUCUGCCCAAACCACCAAAAUUUGUCACUAAUGGCAACAAAUUUUACCCCACUCUCCCUCAACUUGACGCUGCUGUUGUCUAUAUGGUCAACCCGGAAGAUGUUGGCGAAACUGACGCCAAACCAGAGUCCCCUGAGCCUAACGGAGGUGAGUCAGAAUCACCCCAGGGCAGUCGAGAAAUUGCUAUUCAAACUGAUGAUGCCAACCAGGACGAGGAGGAGACAUCGCGAGUGGUGAUUGCCAGUAUCGAGACAGCACUCCAGGAAGAACAGGCCCGCAACCACCGGUUGUACAGCGACAACCAGCUCUUGCACGCGGAUUUGCAACAAUCCCAAGGCGUCAACGCCCAAUUGCACCGCCGGUUGACAGCGUUUGAACAGCAGAACGAGCAGUUAAUCACCGACUACGGCAUCUUGGAGGAAAAGUUUCACAAAUUGCAACUCACUGUGGGCCAACCACACCCAGAAGUGGCUCGGUUAAACGAAGAGAAUAACCAAUUGCGGGGGUCUCUUACUCAAUUGCAACAACGGUUCAACGAAAUGAGCAACCUCAACGACCAGGUCAUCAUCGAAAUUAACCAAAUGACCGAGGAAAACAACCGGUUGCAACGGGUAAAGCGACAAUCGGAGGAGGAAACCGAGCAAUUAAAACUCAAGGAGGUCGAGGAAACCAAGGCUGGCAUCGACCGUGAAGGCACGGAUGCUAAUGCAAUUGAGUCGGCGGCGGAAUUGCUUGAAUUUGAACGUGGAAGCAUUGCUGCUAUUGAAGACGUUGUUCAACAGUCACAACAGUUGACUGAAGAAGCUAAGCUUCAAUUGUUUGCGCUUGAUUUGGCCAUAAAGGAGUCAAAUAAUAAACUUGACGACAGUAUCUCGCAAUUGAAGGACACCGACGCCGUUCGCAUGAGUCUUGAAGCCGAAGUAGAGGCCAAAGAACAUGAACUUAACCGGUUAUUGGGUCAAAUUGCUGCUCGUGUUGAGCAAUUGGAGACGGCCAAGGAUAAACUUGAUGAAUCAAAGCGCCAUUUGGACGAAACCAAACCCAUUUUAGACCAAGUGAGAACCGCAUUCAGUCCCGAAGCUGAGCCUGACGAAGACACCAAAGUUGAAACUGACGCGGAGCCCGAAAUGGAGCCUCAACCUGACGUUGAGGACGAAGUGGUGAGUGGCGUUGAGCCUAACGUACAACUUGAUGUUUACAGCGAUACGUCGGAGCUGGACCUCUAUGCUCCCGCACCUACUUCCGCUGUAGUUCCUGCUGCCCCACCGGUGAGCCCGAUGGUUGGUACUCCAGGGCUUGGUAUCUCUUUUGAUGUUCCGCCAGAUGCGAAAGAAAACAUUGUCAAGGCCAAAUCGCCUGAGCUUGGGGCUGCGGUCAAGGCCGAUACCCCUGACGUUAGCAGCGUAACCGUGUCUGAGAUGCCUUCUCCUGAAAUUGGGUCGCCUGACGCAGAAGAGCCAAAUCCUGAAACCGACAAGCUCGCCGAAGCUGAUAAGCGUGACUCGGAGAUUGACGAGCCUGGCAACAGUCCUGACAAGCCCAACCCGCCGUCUUUGAAGACUGAACCCGAUCCUGAAGUUGGCAUUGUCACCGAGGCUAACAAGCCUAACCUUGAGGUUGGCAAUGAAGCGACCAGAGGACCUGCUGAACCUGCCAAUAAGGUCGAUGCCAAGAAGGUUUCCAAAUCCAAGCCGCUCUUGAAGAAACCGUUUGACCCUUACGCUAAGCCGAAGGCUAAAACCAAGCGUAAGUCUCAGGCUAAGACACUGGCGAAAGACAAGGCACAAGGUGACGUUUCGGGUAAACCUCUGCUCAAGCGACAGGACGACAACCAGGAAACGACCGAUGACAACCCACAGGAUGAUGUCCAGGCCAUGACUGAUGCCAAACCACAGAUUGAGGCCAAGCCGGGAAACACCACUGAGACCAAGCCACAAGACACAGUUGAUGCUGAUGACGCCAAAACUGAGGAAGAAGCCAAACUGAAGGAUGAUGUCCCCGCCGCUCCCAAGCCGAAGAAAAAGAAAAAGAAGAAGAAGAAGAAGAAGAAGCCAAAAGCGAAAGAUGAGAAGCCACCGUUGAUAAUCAACCCAGAUUUCACUAUCUUGAACUAUCAAGCCGGAGAAACUUCGGAGCCACCGUUGCCUCUCAUGCCAAUGAAGUUUGGCACGUACCAGCAAUUUCAACAGAAGCAGUUUGAGGAUUCUCUCAGACUUUGGCGGCAAAACCCAGCUACAGGAGCGGGUCGGAUGGCUUUGAAUCAACCACAAAGGUUCAGACUGAGAGAUUUCAUCGCUGAGAGGAUCGCCAACGCCAACAAUAUAAGGUUGGUUGAAGCUCUUGGGAUUGACGCUGCAUUUGGAGCUCUUGGAGCUGACGCUGCCUUUGGUGCCUUUCGUGAACCACAGGAGUCUUUCCAUGGACCACAGGAGUCCCUCCGUGAACCACAGGAGGCCCUCCGUGAACCAGAGGAGUCAUUCAUCAACUUCUUCGUUGAUACGGAACUGUCAGACACAGAGUAG